AUGCCCGCAGACCGCGCCCGCCCCUCCAAGCGCGCCGCGCAGCCCAAAGGUGACGCCCGCCGAUCGUCCUCUCGCGCCCCCGCACGGCCCGCUGAUAGCGAUCCCCCCUCCCCGCGCGCACCCACAGUCCUCGCUGCCGCUGCCGCCACGCCCGACCAGGGCUUCGCGUUCGCGCAGACGCUCACCCCGGGCACGUACCUCGACCCGCCGACGAAGCUCGAGUUCGUCACCGAGCCCCUCCUCUUCCCCGCCAACCCCACCGACGGCGGGGCCAAGGAGCGCCGCGCCGCGCACGCGAAGAAGAAGCCCGAGAACCACAUCCCCCGCCCCCCGAACGCGUUCAUCCUCUUCCGCUCCUCGUUCAUCAAGAGCCAGCACGUCUCCUCCGAGGUCGAGACGAACCACUCCACGCUCAGCAAGAUCAUCGGCCUCACCUGGCAGAACCUCCCGAACGAGGAGCGCCAGGUCUGGCACGCCAAGGCCAAGGCCGCCCUCGAGGAGCACCGCCGCAAGUUCCCCCAGUACGCCUUCCGCCCGCUGCACACCAAAGGCAAGGCGCCCGAGCCCAAGCGCAAGGUGCGAGAGGUCGAGCCCAAGGACCUCAAGCGCUGCGCCAAGAUCGCAGAGCUCCUCAUCGAGGGCAAGAAGGGCGCCGCGCUCAACGCCGCCAUCCAAGAGUUCGACCGCCACCACGUCCCCCAGGUCGUCACCCGCUUCGAGGCGCCCAUCACCGCGCGCCACUACCGACGCUCGUCCAGCGCGCCCGCCCCCGACACCGAGCACAACUCGGACGCGCCGUUCUUCAAAGUCGAGCCCGCGUCGCCCGCGAAGCGCAAGAGCUCGGGGCGCUCCUCCAGCUCGCGGCCCGAGAUCGUGCGCUCCGCGUCGACCGAGUCCUUCGACUCGUACGCCACCCCCGCGCCGUCCUCGCCCCCACCGUCCGAGCCGGAUACCGAGAGCGACUACUACAGCUCACCUUCGUCGCCCUUCCCCGUCACGCCCACGUACGGGUUAUCAGCGAAUCCCUCCUUUGAAUUCAGCACAUUCUCUUGGGACACCAGCGCGGCCCCCACAAUGCCCUCCUACUCAGCCUGUGAUCCGCUCGAUCGGGCCAGCCCCGUCUUCGAAACCUACACCCCGGACGCCCACGCCCAGCAACAACAGUCGCCCGACGCAUGCGUCCCCCAGUUCGACUGCCAGCACCUUUCCAUAGACACGUCCUUCAUGGACUGCUGGACGACGUCCUCGUCCCCGCUCUCGAGCGUGCCGGGCACCCCACAGACGUACCCCGCGCUGCACGACGCCCACGCGCCGGGGCUCGGGGACUUCCUCGGAGACGUCUUCGAUCCCUCCGCGGACGGCGGCUUCCUACCCCAACACGCGGACGCCGCGGCGCUGUAUGGGUCGUACUGUGCCCCGGACUUCGUCGCCGCGUACGGGUCCGCCGCGCAAACGUUCGGGGCCAUCCCGCCGAAAGGCGACUUCUCGUCCUUCUACGCCGACCAGGGCCACCACCAGCACCAACACCACGGCCAGAACGUGUUCGCGCAAGCGGACUACAUCUCGUCCCUGUCCGCGGGCCAGUUUGGGAUUUAG